GAAAUGGAGACUCCCACAAAAUCAGACUUCACAAAUAUGCUCAAUAUUAACCUGAAUGCUCCCUCUAUAUGAGUUGAAAAAAUUGAAAUGAACAAACAGAAAUACUUCGAAAUCAUCAUUGAAAAUCAAGCUAACCAAAUAGAUGAUCUAAAGACGAAUUUAAACGUGCAUAAGGAUAUAGUGAACAAUCUACUGACUGGUCUUGAAGGUGAAGGCCAACAACAGAUCAUUAGCGAGCUCUUUAGUGAGAUGCUCCGGAUCAAAGAGAACCAUGCUGACCUUAAUGAAGAGAAAAUCGCCCUUGAUUCUAAAUGCCUAAUUCUCGAACAGAUUAAUGACGAGAUCAAGUUCAAAGAAAGAGAGACUGAGCUCAUGUUCCAAGAGCAAAUCAGAGACAUGAAUGAUACCCUUGAACGCAAAGAGUUUCUCUUUCAACUCAAAGAACAAAAAUGGUCGGCUAUUGAACAAGUUAUGGUAAACUAUGCUAGAGAAGACACUAAACUUCAAAGGAUGCUGGCUGACCUAAGAUACAUCUGUGAUGAUGUAUCUACCACCAGGAACAUAAAGAAUGUCAUACAAGAGAAUGAAGAGCUCAAGAUGCUUAUUGAGUCCCAGAAGAACACCAUUAAUGUCCUAUCACAAAGAUUGCAGGAGAAUCUGGUUCUGGGGAACUCUAAUGAAAUCACAAAUAUCACUCAAAAUUCUUCAGCCAAGAAAGGAGCCUCUGAUGAAUCCAAGAAACUACCAGAUCUCAACUGUUUUAACGUUACUGUUGUAGAUAAAGAGAUCAAGUUCACUAAGAAAAGCGAGGCCCAAAGGAUGAAUGAGAAGAUAAAGUUCCUUGAGAGCACUCUUGAGCAAAAGGAAAUUGACAUUAGAGACCUUAAGUCCAGUAAUUACGAUCUCAGUGAUAGCAACGCAAAAGCUGCUAAAAAGCUGAAAUUGUUAAAGAAUAAAUUCUUAAAGAUUAAGGUGCAGCUCAGAGAAAUCAGAUCUCAGCUCACCAAUUUGGUAAAAUCCAGAAAGCAACCGAAAAUUAAUGAUAUUAGAGAUAUUUUGGAAGGAUUUAAGGAGAAUGUCAACUCAGAUGAUGACCUAAGGUCCUCCAUUGUAUCUUGCCUAACGUUAUCUAAUGCUGGAUCAGUCUACUAUCCAUCAAAGAGACCUAGGUCUCCAUCCAGAGAUGAUAGUGUUGAGUCUGUAAAGAGGAUGCAGCUUGGAUAUCACAAUAGCCACAAAAAGCCUCUCAGAAACGAAAGUGAUUGCAACAGUGUUCAAAGAGACAGCCUUGAUAUUGGUGAUGUCUUCUUACCGGCUGAGAGUAUGUGUGCUGCCAAAUUUGCAUCUUUAAAGAAAACAAGGCUCUACCCUUGCCCACUUCCACCUCAGAAGAUCGAUUUUAAGAAAGUAGUAAUGUUUACUGAAGAAGAGAAAAAUCUCGAAAAUAAAGAGCCAAACUUGCGGUAUCUCUCUCCUGAAAAAGACGAACUCAAUGAUAGUGUUGUAAGAAUUUCUAAUGUACGGGAAUCAAUCCAAAUGAGUGAAAUAAUGGCUGCUUCCAGCAGGAAGGGUGAGUCCCCCAUUAGAGCAAGUGAUCUCUUCAGCCGGAAAGAUGCCGAUGACGUCCUUCAAUCAAUAGAUUUCAAAUAAUUCAAAUUUAAACAGCAAA